GUUCCGGCCUUGGGUGGGUGGGGAAUGGUGUCGCUUAGCAGCCGCCGCCGCGUUAUCUUGCUCGCUACCAGUUGGCGGGACCUAAAGUCCUCGUGGGACGGCGAAAAGGAGCCACCACGGGCCGCGGCGGGGCCCGUCGUGGUGGGUGCGGUGGAUGAGGAACUAUACCUGGUUGCCAAGCUUGGUCUAGGUAGUGGAGCACAGUAAAAGGAUUCAAGAUGUCACCUAAUAUAAACUGGAAAGAAAUAAUAAAAAUUGACCCAGAUGACCUGCCUCGUCAAGAAGAACUGGCAGACAAUUUAUUGAUUUCCUUAUCCAAGGUUGAAGUAAAUGACCUAAAAAAUGAAAAUCAAGAAAAUGUGAUACAUCUUUUCAGAAUUACUCAAUCAUUAAUGAAGAUGAAAGCUCAAGAAGUAGAGUUAGCUUUGGAAGAAGUUGAAAAAGCUGGAGAAGAACAAGCAAAAUUUGAAAAUCAAUUAAAAACAAAAGUAAUGAAACUGGAAAAUGAAUUGGAGAUGGCUCAGCAGUCUGCAGGUGGACGGGACACUCGAUUUUUACGUGAUGAAAUUCGCCAACUUGAAAAACAAUUGGAACAAAAAGAUAGGGAAUUGGAGGACAUGGAAAAGGAAUUGGAAAAAGAGAAGAAAGUUAAUGAACAAUUGGCUCUUCGAAAUGAGGAGGCAGAAAACGAAAACAGCAAAUUAAGAAGAGAGAAUGAACAGCUUCGUCAGGAUAUUAUUGACUACCAGAAACAAAUAGAUUCACAAAAAGAAUCACUUUUAUCAAGAAGAGGAGAAGACAGUGACUAUCGAUCACAGUUGUCUAAAAAGAACUAUGAACUUGUCCAAUAUCUGGAUGAAAUUCAGACUUUAACAGAAGCUAAUGAGAAAAUUGAAGUUCAGAAUCAAGAAAUGAGAAAAAACCUAGAAGAGUCUGUACAGGAAAUGGAAAAGAUGACCGACGAAUAUAACAGAAUGAAAGCUAUUGUUCAUCAGACUGAUAAUAUAAUGGACCAGUUAAAAAAAGAAAAUGAUCAUUAUAGACUUCAAGUGAAGGAACUUACAGAUCUUCUGAAAGCAAAAAAUGAAGAAGAUGAUCCAAUCAUGGUAGCUGUCAAUGCAAAAGUAGAAGAAUGGAAGUUAAUAUUGUCUUCUAAAGAUGAUGAAAUAAUUGAAUAUCAGCAAAUGUUACAUAAUCUGAAGGAAAAACUUAAAAAUGCCCAGCUUGAUGCUGAUAAAAGUAAUAUUAUGGCUCUACAACAGGGUAUACAGGACCGAGAUAGUCAAAUUAAGAUGCUCACUGAACAAGUAGAACAAUAUACAAAAGAAAUGGAGAAAAAUACUUUUAUUAUUGAAGAUUUGAGAAAUGAGCUUCAAAGAAACAAAGGUGCUUCAUCCCUUUCUCAACAGAAUCAUUUUAUGAAAAUUCAGUCAAAGGUACAAAUUUUAGAAGAGAAAACUAAAGAGGCUGAGAGAACAGCUGAACUGGCUGAGGCUGAUGCUAGGGAAAAGGAUAAAGAAUUAGUUGAGACUCUGAAACGGUUAAAAGAUUAUGAAUCGGGAGUAUAUGGUUUAGAAGAUGCUGUUGUUGAAAUAAAGAAUUGUAAAAACCAAAUUAAAAUAAGAGAUAGAGAGAUUGAAGAAUUGACAAAGGAAAUCAAUAAACUUGAGUUGAAGAUCAAUGAUUUCCUUGAUGAAAAUGAGGAGCUUAGAGAGCGUGUGGGUCUUGAACCAAAGACAAUGAUUGAUUUAACUGAAUUUAGAAAUAGUAAACGCUUAAAACAGCAGCAGUACAGAGCUGAAAACCAGAUUCUUUUGAAAGAGAUUGAAAGUUUAGAGGAAGAACGACUCAAUCUGAAAAAAAAAAUUCGUCAGAUGGCUCAAGAAAGAGGAAAAAGAAGUGCAAUUUCAGAAUUAACCAUUGAGGACCUGAACCGAACUGAAGACCUUUCUCAAGGAGAUAGCAUAGGGGAAAGAAAACUGAAUUUUGUAAGCCUCAAAAAUAUGAGUGAAACACAAUCAAAGAAUGAAUUUCUUUCAAGAGAACUAAUUGAAAAGGAAAGAGAUUUAGAAAGAAGUAAGACUGUAAUAAAUAAAUUUCAGAAUAAAUUGAAAGAAUUAGCUGAAGAAAAUAAGCAACUUGAAGAAGGUAUGAAGGAAAUAUUGCAAGCUAUUAAGGAAAUGCAGAAGGAUCCUGACAUUAAAGGAAGAGAAACAUCUCUAAUUAUCCCCAGUCUUGAAAGACUAGUAAAUGCUAUAGAAUCAAAGAGUGCAGAAGGAAUCUUUGAUGCCAGUCUGCAUUUGAAAGCCCAAGUUGAUCAGCUUACUGGAAGAAAUGAAGAAUUAAGACAGGAGCUCAAGGAAUCUCGGAAGGAGGCUAUAAAUUAUUCGCAGCAAUUAGCAAAAGCAAAUUUAAAGAUAGAUCAUCUUGAGAAAGAGAUCACUCUUCUACGACAAUCAGAAGGAUCAAAUGUUGUUUUUAAAGGAGUAGAUUUACCUGAAGGGAUAACACCAUCUAGUGCCAAUAUCAUUAAUUGUCAGAAUGAAUAUUUAAUACAUCUUCUUCAGGAACUAGAAAUUAAAGAAAAAAAGUUGAAGAAUUUAGAGGAAUCUCUUGAAGACUAUAACAGAAAAUUUGCAGUACUUCGUCAUCAGCAAAGUCUAUUAUAUAAAGAAUAUUUAAGUGAAAAGGAGACCUGGAAAACAGAAUCUGAAACAAUCAAAGAGGAAAAGAAAAAGCUUGAGGAUCAAAUCCAACAAGAUGCUAUAAAAGUAAAAGAAUAUAAUAAUUUGCUCAAUGCUCUUCAGAUGGAUUCAGAUGAAAUGAGAAAAACACUUUCAGAAAAUAGCAGAAGAAUCACUGUUUUGCAAGUGAAUGAAAAGUCACUUAUAAGGAGAUAUACAACUUUAGUAGAAAUGGAACGACAACUUAGAAAGGAAAAUGGGAAACAAAAGAAUGACUUGAUGUCAAUGGAGGCUGAAGUUUGUGAAAAAAUUGGAUGUUUGCAGAGAUUUAAGGAAAUGGCCAUUUUUAAGAUUGCAGCUCUCCAAAAAAUUAUAGAUAAUAGUGUCUCAUUGUCUGAAUUAGACCUGGCCAAUAAACAAUACAAUGAACUGACUGCAAAGUACAGGGAUAUCUUGCAAAAAGAUAAUAUGCUUGUUCAAAGAACAAGUAACUUGGAAUACCUAGAGUGUGAAAAUGUAUCCUUAAAAGAGCAAAUGGAGUCUAUAAAUAAAGAACUGGAGAUUACCAAGGAAAAACUUCACACUGUUGAACAAGCCUGGGAACAAGAGACUAAAUUAGGGAAUGAAUCUAACCUGGAUAAGGCAAAGAAGUCAAUAACCAACAGUGACAUUGUUUCUAUUUCAAAAAAAAUCACUAUGUUGGAAAUGAAGGAAUUAAAUGAAAGGCAGCGGGCUGAACAUUGUCAAAAAAUGUAUGAACACAUAAGGACUUCAUUAAAGCAAAUGGAAGAACGAAAUUUUGAAUUGGAAACCAAAUUUGCUGAGCUUACCAAAAUCAACUUGGAUGCACAGAAGGUGGAACAGAUGCUAAGAGAUGAGUUAGCUGAUAGUGUGAGCAAGGCAGUAAGUGAUGCUGAUAGGCAACGGAUUCUAGAAUUAGAAAAGAAAGAAAUGGAGCUAAAAGUUGAAGUGUCAAAACUGAGAGAAAUUUCUGAUAUUGCUAAAAGACAAGUUGAAAUCUUAAAUGCUCAACAACAGUCCAGGGAAAAAGAAGUAGAAUCACUCAGAACGCAGCUGGUAGAGUAUCAGGCUCAAUCUGAUGAAAAGGCACUAAUUGCUAAGUUACACCAACAUCUUGUCUCUCUUCAAAUUAGUGAAGCCACUGCUCUUGGUAAGUUGGAGUCAGUUACAUCUAAACUACAGAAGAUGGAAACCUAUAAUUUACGCUUAGAACAGAAACUGGAUGAAAAAGAACAGACCCUCUAUUAUGCUCGUUUGGAGGGGAGAAACAGAGCAAAACAUUUGCGCCAAACAAUUCAGUCUCUACGCAGGCAAUUUAGUGGAGCUUUACCCUUGGCGCAACAGGAAAAGUUCUCUAAAACAAUGAUCCAGCUUCAAAAUGACAAACUGAAGAUAAUGGAAGAAAUGAAAAAUUCUCAGCAAGAACAUAGAAAUAUGGAGAAUAAAGCAUUGGAGAUGGAAUUAAAGUUACGGGGCCUAGAAGAGUUAAUAAGCACUUUAAAAGAUGCCAGGGGAGCCCAAAAGGUAAUCAAUUGGCAUAUGAAAAUAGAAGAACAUCGUCUUCAAGAGCUUAAACUAAAUCGAGAAUUAGUCAAAGAUAAAGAAGAAAUAAAAUACUUGAAUAAUAUAAUAUCUGAAUAUGAGCAUACAAUCAGCAGUCUGGAGGAAGAAAUUGUUCAGCAGAACAAGUUUCAUGAAGAAAGACAGAUGGCCUGGGAUCAAAGAGAAGUUGAGCUGGAACGUCAACUAGAUAUUUUUGAACGUCAGCAAAAUGAAAUCCUAAAUGCAGCACAAAAGUUUGAAGAAGCUACAGGAUCAAUGCCAGAUCCUAGUUUGCCUCUUCCAAAUCAACUUGAGAUUGCUCUAAGAAAACUUAAGGAGAAUAUUCGAAUAAUCCUAGAAACACAGGCAACCUGCAAAUCACUGGAAGAGAAGCUAAAAGAAAAAGAAUCUGCUUUACAAUUAGCAGAGCAAAAUAUUCUGUCAAGAGACAAAGUAAUCAAUGAAUUGAGGCUCCGACUGCCUGCCACUGCAGAACGAGAAAAACUUUUGUCUGAGUUAGGCAAAAAAGACAUGGAACCAAAAUCGCAUUAUACGAUGAAAAUUGCACAUCAAACCAUUGCAAACAUGCAAGCAAGGUUAAAUCAAAAGGAAGAAGUAUUAAAGAAAUAUCAACAUCUUCUAGAAAAAGCCAGAGAGGAGCAAAGAGAAAUUGUUAAGAAGCAUGAGGAAGACCUUCAUAUUCUUCAUCAUAAAUUAGAACUACAAGCUGAUAGUUCACUAAGUAAAUUCAAGCAAACAGCAUGGGAUUUAAUAAAACAAUCUCCUACUCCAGUUCCUACCAAUAAGCAUUUUAUUCGUCUGGCUGAGAUGGAACAGACAGUAGCAGAACAAGAUGACUCUCUGUCCUCACUUAUGAUGAAACUAAAGAAAGUAUCACAAGAUUUAGAGAGACAAAAAGAAAUCACUGAUUUAAAAAUCAAAGAAUUUGAAAAAGUCAAAUUACGACUCCAAGAAAACCAUGCAGUUGAAGUGAAAAAAGUGAAAGCAGAAGUAGAGGAUUUAAGGUGUCUUCUGGCCCAGUCACAAAAGGAGUUGCAGAGUUUAAAGUCUGAACUUGAGGCUCAAAAAGAAGCAAAUUCAAGAGCUCCAACAACUACAAUGAAAAAUCUAGUAGAACGGCUAAAGAGUCAAUUAGCCUUGAAAGAAAAACAGCAAAAAGCACUUAGUCGAGCUCUUUUGGAACUCAGGGCAGAAAUGACAGCAGCAGCUGAAGAACGUAUUAUUUCUGUAACUUCUCAGAAAGAAGCAAAUCUUAAUGUUCAACAGAUUGUUGAUCGACAUACAAGAGAGCUAAAGUCACAAAUUGAAGAUUUAAAUGAAAACCUUUUAAAAUUAAAGGAAGCUCUUAAAACAAGUAAAAGCAGAGAAAACUCACUAAGUGAUAAUUUGAAUAUUUUAAAUAAUGAACUGCAAAAACACCAAAAAGCCUAUAAUAAAAUACUUAGAGAGAAAGAUGGAAUUGAUCAAGAAAAUGAUGAACUUAAAAGGCAAAUUAAAAGACUAACCAGUGGAUUACAGAGCAAACCUCUGAUGGACAAUAAACAAAGUUUAAUUGAAGAACUUCAAAAGAAAGUUAAAAAAUUAGAAAGCCAACUAGAAAGAAGAGUAGAUGAGGUGGAUUUAAAACCUGUGAAAGAAAAGAGUGCUAGAGAAGAAUUAAUUCGGUGGGAAGAAGGCAAAAAAUGGCAAACCAAAAUAGAAGGAAUUCGAAACAAGUUAAAAGAGAAGGAGAGAGAAGUCUAUACCAUCACCAAACAGCUGAAUACUUUGAAGGAUCUUUUUGCCAAAGCUGACAAAGAGAAACUUACUUUGCAGAAGAAACUAAAAACAACUGGCAUGACUGUUGAUCAAGUUAUGGGAGUUCGAGCUUUGGAAUCAGAAAAAGAGUUGGAAGAAUUAAAAAAGCGAAAUCUUGACUUAGAAAAUGACAUAUUAUAUAUGAGGACCCAUCAAGCUCUUCCUCGAGAUUCUGUUGUAGAAGACUUACGUUUACAAAAUAAAUACCUUCAAGAAAAACUUCAUGCUUUAGAACAACAACUUUCAAAGCAGGAAUAUUCUAAGCCUUCAAAUCUGGUAUGUGACACAACUAUGUAUUCUACCCUUAGUAGUGUUAAUAAAUACAGACGUAAUACUUUUCACAAAAGAACACUUUGUUCAGGAACAAGGAAAAAAAAAACCCUAAGAUUUAAAAAUAGAGAAUAAAUUCCAGAAACAGUUACAUCAUCGUUAAUACCCUAUGGUGUUAAUUAAAGAAACACAAAGUAAAAAUGUUGUAGCUCCUAUUAAGUUAAAUCAGAAGCAGUAUCAAACACAUCAGGUCCAUUUAGGUCAACUAAUGAUAACCUGAGAGAUUUUGACUCAAAUUUUGAGUCUGCAUCAGAUCCUAAAGUUGAGAAAGUUGAUCAAAAAUAUUUUGAAAAUGGUAGGCAGGAACAUAAAAAGGAGAAAGAGAAUGAGAUAGGUAAAAAUGAGGGUGAAAAAAAAGGACCACACAGCUAAAGAUGUGGUUCACAACUAUGCAGAUCCCAGAGAAUCUACUAUCUAGGACCAUAAUCAUUCCAUAGUUGCUGAUACAGUGAAUCAUUGUGCUGUGGAUGGUGCACAUACAAAUCAUGAAACUGGUCUCAUCAAUUCAGCCAAGAAAUGAAUGUCCCUGGUAAAAUUUUCACAUUCCUUUAUUUCUUUGUUAGCUGAAUUUUCUUAGGCCAAUUCUAAAAAACAUAUAGUUCCAAUGGGAUAAAAUCUGUAGCAUUUGUAAAAAAACAAACAAAAAAAACCCAGGAACUAUUAAUAAACUUUGCCUUAAGCCCUAAUUUUAACUGAUUAUUAACAAAAUUAGUGGUUUUGCAUUUCCUAAUUCAGUUUAGAACUUACUGAAUAGUAGUAGAAGGAAGGCACUCUAUAUGUGUUAGUAUUGCCUUAGAUAUUUCUAAUUCAGACAGCUGUUUGCAAGUAAAAGCUCACUACAGUGAAUAUCAGGAAUAUUUUGUUGCAAUGAUAUAUAGCAAGUUCACUUAGUGAUCUUUUUGCCAUGGAUGGUAAUAUACUUUUUAAUAAUGAGAAAAGGGAGCUUUCAUGUGUUGUCUGUGUUGUUUUAGGCUCUGUACCUAAGUAUAUUUCUCAACAUAUUUUGCAAAAUAUUGUUCAUAUUUUACAUAGGAGGCUUAAAGAAUAAGUAUCUCUAGUGACCCUGUAGAAACAGAAUCAGGCUUUAAAUUCAAUCUAAUUCUAGUUCCUGAACUUUUGUAUAUAUACUACUUUGGGUCCAUUUAUAUUGAAGUACAGAAUUAAGACAAGCUUGUUUCCAGUUCAAAUAACAUGUAGCCUUUUUUCUUUAUCCUUUCUACCUCUGAUGUUCCAGUCAUGCCUAACCAUCAACUAAUAUUACACAUCUAGGAGAAAAUAGAUGAAAGUGAUUUAAUUCUUAUUUUAUUUCUUUAUCCAGGUUCAUAAAUUUUUUUCUUUAACUUCAUAAUUAAUGAGAAAAUUUGAGAUGCCUAGUAUGUAUUAUCUAAUUUCCAUCCACUAAGGAUUUGAUAUUAAGCAAUUUAUGACUUUUAGUGGGAUCAUUCUUCAAUAAAACACGUGGGAAGUCCUAUGAAGUUCAUCAUACAAGAAAUCCAUUUAUAUUAUCAUAAAUAGAAAGUUUUAUUAGAAUUUAUUUUCCAAAGAUUAGGAGAAUAUGAUCUAAUAUCUUGUUUUAUUUUCUGAGGAUAGAAAGAAAAAGUGAUUCACAUUCACUUAUAGUAAUUGCAUUCAUAUUUUAGUGAGAAAUAUGUUUAGAAACUAUUCUCAUGUAAAAUCUUCAUCACAUAGAAUUCUUCUCUUCUGUGAGAUUUAAUAUUUUUUAUUUAUCAAUCAGUGGUACUUAUAGGUGAUUUAGCAUUCAUAGAUUCAGAUAGCUACCACAGACACAAGAGACAAAGAUAGGGAAACAGAACAGCUUAGAGACAAAGAAUUAAAUAUUCCCAUGUCUGAAGUGAACUUAAAAGAUAUCUUCUCUAGUGCCUUUAUUCAUAAGAUUCAAAAACUUGAUAGUCUUGUAAUUGGUAGGAUUUACUUUAUGUUAACUUACUCACACUGAAUUAGAAUAUAUGCCUGGGUAGUCUGAAUAAGUGGGAAUAUGUUACUGUGGUUUAUAGGCAUCUUCUUUUUCUUGCUAAUAUGUGCCUAUGCAUACUCAUUCCCUUAAUCUGGUGAACACAUGCAGUCUUCCUGCCAGUGUUCUGCUAUAUGCCUCAUCAGAAUCAGACAUCUGUCCAAAAUUUCUUUACUUUUCCAUUUCCUGUAUUGUGAUUUCUUUACUUUUACUGUGUUUUACCUUAGAAAAUACAUUUAUGGAGUUCCUUUACUUUCUAACAAAAGUAACAAGUAUAAUGUAGAUUUCAAUAAUUAAAUCACUAUUAAUAGAACCAUGUAUAACAUGUAGAUUUAUUGAUAUAUUUUAAGAAGUAUAAUAUCCAUGGAAUUAUUGACUUUAUUGAACCCAAUUGAAGCGUUUAAACCAAUAGAUGGAGAAAGUUUAAGGAAAAAGUACUAAAGCCAUGCCCUGCACUUUCACAAAAUUAUUUUAUAUGAUGCUGUAACAGUUCUAUGAAGUAGGAGGUAAUCAACCCAGUUUAUAGAAAGAAUAAUCAAGCACAGUUUUCUCUUUCAAAUACCUUACAGUUUAGCCUGAGAAAUAAAAGUGAACAUAAAAAAUAACCAAGGUAGAUUCUUGCCAAAAGAAAUGCAAAUGUAGUAUUAAUGCAUUUCAGAGAGGGAGUAAUUACCUCAAGGAAUACAGAAAUGGUUUCUAAUUGAGGCACUUCUUUUUUAGAUUAGAGUGCAUAGUUUGGGCUGCCAUUACUGAAUAAACUAUAUUUGCCCACCAUAGGCACACAUUCCACAUCUGAAGAUUCAACCAACCAUGAAUCAGAAAUAUUCAGGAAAAAAAUCGUGUAUGUACUGAAUAUGUACAGACCUUCCUUUUCAUGUCAUUAUUCCCUAAGCAAUAUAUUGUAAUUAACUACUUACACUGUAUUAAGUGUUGUAAAUAAUCUAGAGGUGAUUUAACAUAUAUAGGAGGAUGUGUGUUAUAUGCAUAUUUGCUAUUUUAUUUAAGGGACUUGACCAUCCACAGAUUUUAGUAUCCUUUGGGGGAAGGUGGGAUUGUCCUGAAAUUGAUCUCCAGGGGAGACUAAGGGAUAUCUGUACUACAGAUUCUGUGGCUCAAACAACAGAAAUUUAUGGUCUAACAAUUCUGGAAGAUAGAUGUUCAAAUAUCAAGGUGUGGGCAGGGUUGGUUCUUUCUGAAGUCUUUACAGGAAAGAUCUAUUCUAAGUCUUGGCUUGUAACUGGCCCUCUUCUCUCUAUGUCCUCAGAUGCCCUUUCCUCUAUGCAUCUCUGGGUCCAAAUUCCCAAACUUCCCCUUUUGAUAAGGAUACCAGUCAUACUGGAUUAGGGUCUACCCUAGUUAUGGCAUUUUAAUUUAAUUACUUCUGCAAAGACCCUGUCUCCAAAUAGGUUGCAUUCUGAAGGUGCUAUGAGUUAAAAUUUAACAUACAAUUUGGGGAGUGGAGGGAUAUAAUAUUACUGUAUAACAAUUAUACAACCUUUAUUUUGCAGUAACAAAACCAGCAUAAACUACUUAACUAUUAUGAGAGUAUAUAUGAAAACAUUAUACAUAUGAAGGUUUCUAUUUUAAAUAAAAGGAAACUAUAUUACUUUUUAUCUGUAAGUUUUAUAUUCCAACUUAAUUAUCUUUUCUUUAGGGCUCUCCAAUUUUUUUCACAUUCUCUUGA